AUAUAUAUAUAUAUAUAUAUAUAUAUAUAUAUAACACUAAAAUUCUGAGUGAAAAAUCCAUUUAACUAUCAUACACUGAUAUUCCGUUAAGCUGCAAUUGAUCUUAAUUCAAACCAAAUUUCAUUGAGAAAAAUAUUUAUGUUCAGAAGCAUCAAACUCCGCCUGGAGUCUCUCCGGGGGCAACUGCCGGUCCCAAGCCCGGGUAAAGGAGGAGGGUUAGGCAUGGGGUUAGCGUCCCCAUCCCGUAGAAAACUAACUCGCUAAAAAAAACGUUAACCAGAAAAAAUUAUUCAAACCUUUUAAACUCUGCCCCAGGAGUCAGAAGGUCUUCAUUUAGAAGAUUUAUGACGCCUCAUGAUGAAAGCCGAAUUCCUUCGGAAGUUACGAGGCCGAUGCUCCUUCUGACAACCAGAGCGAGCAUUUAUUUAGGUACAUGGAAUGUUCGUACAAUGCGGGACACCGGGAGAGCCUUCCAAAUUGCUGCAGAAAUGAGAAGAUACAACCUAGAGGUACUUGGGAUCAGUGAAACACAUUGGACACAAGUUGGACAACAACGACUAACUACAGGAGAGCUCCUGUUAUACUCCGGCCAUGAAGAAAAUGCCCCACAUACACAGGGAGUUGCAUUGAUGCUGUCCAAACAAGCGCAAAAUGCGCUUAUAGGAUCGGAAUCUCAUGGACCAAGGACCAUCAAAGCCUCGUUCAAAACAAAGAAAGAGGGGAUUUCAAUGAACAUCAUCCAAUGCUAUGCGCCUACCAACGACUACAAUGAAGAAGCUAAAGAUCAAUUCUACAAUAGGCUGCAGUUAAUCAUCGAGAAGUACCCAGGAAAGGACCUGACCAUUCAGAUGGGAGAUUUCAAUGCCAAGGUUGGAACGGACAACACUGGAUAUGAAGACAUCAUGGGACGACACGGACUGGGAGAAAGGAACGAAAAUGGUGAGAGAUUUGCAAACCUAUGUGCCUUAAAUAAACUGGUCAUAGGCGGCACCAUAUUCCCACAUAAACGCAUAUACAAAACUGUUGGGGACGAUAGAUCCCCAGACUCAUAUGUUUUAAAUUGUGCUUGCUCGCUCGCUUCUGGCUGUUGCAGAAUAUAUAUUCCAUACCAAGCCUGGACUUCUUCUAGAUAGCGGGGCUGGGACGCGUCAAUAGUUAGGUCACUGAGUAUUGUUCUCGUUCGCAGUUUAAGUGAACUCGUGAAGUUUCAAACAUAACAAAAACCACAUGGACUUCACCGGAUCACACUAAACAAAACCAAAUCGACCAUAUUUGCAUCAACAAAACGUUCAGGAGGACUAUAGAGGACGUGAGAACCAAGAGAGGAGCUGAUAUAGCAUCAGAUCAUCACUUGCUGGUCGCCAGGAUGAAAUUGAAACUCAAGAAGCACUGGACAAUGAAGCGGACUGUUGUGGAUGCGGGGGAAUAGACCAAUAAUUAUCAUGUUAAGUCCAAUGGUGUCCUUGGACUUUAAAUGGACAUUGCCUAUUGGUCGAUAUCUGUUCACUUGUUGAAUAUUGUACAAAAUGAUGUUUUCUAUUUUAUGGUACGAUGUGGUAUGCUUGACUGGUAUAUAAACAAAGUAUGUUUGAAAUAUAAUGAUU